UAAUUUAAGUCCUUUUAAUUAUUCACACCCAUCAUUGUUUCAACAGUAUAAAAUUAUAAUGGGCUAAUUCAUAUUGUUAUCCUAAUUUAAAAUAUAAUGGUUUAUUAAUUAGAUGAUAAUGUACUUACUAUUAAACUUUAAUCUCUCUUGUAAAUAUUUAAGUAAAAUUAGAAUUGUUUAAUUGUAUAUUUAAUUUCCAAUUUUUCAAUAUUUUUACUUAUCAACAUUUAAAUUAAAUAAUUCUACAGAUUUUAUUUUUUAUUUUCCUAAUUAUAUAAAAUGUCUAACUAUCUAACGGGAGGACGUGUCAAUGUAGGACAGUUACAAGAAAGUGCAGCAAAAGAAUUAAUACAGCUAUUAGAUAAAUGUGAUGGUCCAAAAGUUAUAAUAUUGGAUGAGGGUCUCACAAGACCUAUUGGAUUAAUUGCGACUUACAGUUUGUUAAGAGAACAUGAUGUUAAAGAAGUUUUUAUUCUUAAUAGUGGAAAACUUGGAAGCUUUCGUGAAAAUGUAAAGAGUAUUAUUUUUAUAACAAGACCAUUUCUAACCCACAUGGACCUGAUUAGUGAAAAUAUUCAUAAAGAAACACAAGAAAAUCUGAAACAUAGAGAAUACUAUUUAUUUUUUGUUCCAACUCGUAGUUUAUUGUGUGAAAAACGUUUGGAAAGGAAAGGUGUUUUUGGUAAUUUUGUAUCUAUUGAAGAAUUUUGUUGUUUUUUAUUUCCUAUGGAAAAUGAUCUUAUGUCUAUGGAAAUGAAUGAUUGUUUUAAGGAACUAUCAAUUGAAAAAGAUCCUACUUGUUUGUAUCGAGUAGCACAGGCCAUUGUAAUGCUAGAAGAUAUUUAUGGACGAAUAGGUCAUAUAACUGGUAAAGGUCAAAUAGUGAAAAAUGUGUGGGAUUUGGUAUCUAAGAUUUCUUUAGAACCUCGCAAACCUAACUCUAAAGCUAACCGAAAUUAUAAAACAAUUGACCAUAUUGUAUUAUUGGAUAGAUCAAUAGAUUUAUUAACACCAAUGGCAACUCAGUUAACAUUUGAAGGUCUUAUUGAUGAACUAUUUGGAAUUGAUUGCUGUACUGUUGAAUUACCUGCUGAAAAAUUUGUAUCUGAUGAAGAAAAUAAAAAUGUACUGUCUUUAAGAAAAAUUGUUUUGAACUCCAGUGAUGAAAUAUUUGCUGAGACUAGAAAUAAACACUUUAAUGCAGUUUUAAUGAAUUUAAGUAAAAGAGCAAAAAUUAUUACAUCAGAAUAUGAUGAAAAAAGAAAUGGAAAAACUGUUCAAGAGAUGAAACAAUUAGUAUCCAAGUUACCUUAUAUGUUAACAUUAAAAAAGCAACUUUCAACAUAUACUACUAUAGCUGGGUUGAUUAAAGAAUUAACAGAUAAAAAGAGUUUCCGUCAAUUGAUAAAUUUACAACAAGAACUUAUAUUAGGAAUUGAUACUGAUAAAGUAUUACCUCAAAUAGAAGAUUUAAUAUCCAAUAAACAUGAUAUUAUUAUGGUAUUACGUUUAAUUUGUAUGCAGUCUGCUGUUAAUUCUGGACUAAAACAAAAAGUGAUGGAUUAUUAUAAACGUGAAAUUAUUCAGACUUAUGGUUUUGAAUAUUUAGUAAUGAUUACUUAUUUAGAAACAUGUGGCCUUUUAAAAAUACAAUCUAACUCAAGGAGUUAUGGAGUUUGUCGACGAUUAUUGAAAUUGGAUGUAUAUGAAAUGAGUGAAGUUGAACCAGAUGAUAUAAAUUAUGUAUAUGGUAUUUACGCUCCACUUAGUGUAAGAUUAAUUCAACAUAUGACAAAAUUUGAUAGUAAAAUAUUGUCAGAUAUUUUACCAAUUUUACCUGGACCCAGUGUUGAACAUGUUUGCACAGAUGUUAAUCAAACGUCAAAUAUGAACUUUUUGGUUGAUUCACCUAAAGUUGUACUAGUUUUUUUUAUUGGAGGCUGUACUUUUGCUGAAAUAUCAGCUCUUCGAUUUUUAAGUACACUGGAAGAUUCUACUGUGGAUUAUGUUAUUGCUACAACCAAUAUUAUUAAUGGUAACAAUUUUCUCAAGUCACUAUUAAUUCCAGAGAUCAGUAAAAAUUAUAAAAGCAAUUAAAUUAAUUUAUCUUAAGAUUACAGUUAUUCAAAAGUUUUACUACUAAUUAAUAGUCAGAGAGAAAUUUUGUAAAACUCCUCAAAUAUUAACUAGACUUCAUUAAAUAUAUUAAGUAUGAUUGUUUAUUUCUAGUUAUUCAUUGUAUAAUAUCUAUUAAAUAAAAUUUUUACAUGGAUA